UCGUGGAGGAGAAUGAGGAGGUGACUCAACGAUUAAAGGUGGAGGCUAUAAAGGAAGAGCCAAUAGUCGUCGAGUCGGAUGAUGAGGAAUCGGGAGAAAUAAGUGAAUCGGUCGUAACCAUCUUGGAAAGGAUGGAGGAUUUGCUGGGUAAGGUGAGUAGGUACCAGCGAAGGUUGAAAGACCUCUGUAAUGAGACCCAGGAAUGGAAGGCCAACCUUCCCAGAGUCUUCCUUUACGAAUCCGGACCUGGAUCGACGUCAGGGCGGCAAGGGUAUCUUGGGGUUGCGACGGUGGGGUCGGGCCCUAGGUCGGGGAUGACCUAUAGACCCCCCACUUCGCAUGGAAGAGUGCCACAAGCGGCGCGGACCAGAGACCAGAGUAAGGCUGGUACUAGUCAAGUGCCCAGCCAGGCGCCUAGUCAGGCAACCCCUCGGAGGGAACCUCAGCCCGAGCGCAAAAAAGAAGUGGUGGAGGUUCCGGAAGAGGAAGAGGAGGAUGGCGAUGAGGAGGAUGAGAGGCUCCGGCAAGAGGAAUAUCGGCGAACGGAGUUAAGGGCCAGGAAGAGAGGGGUUCAGGAGGAAGCCGAGCCAAGCCAGCGCGACAGCGUACCUAAAAGAAAGAACUUGAAGGGACGAUUCUCGCGGAGGCUAGUACCCAACGUCCAUCUGAGUACAAUCCUGCCGAGAGAAGUAGAAUGGACGGAGGCAGGAACAAGGAUGGACUGGAAAUGUGUGGCGCGUGGGUUGGUGGACUUGGUGGUGAGGGACCAAAAGUGUGUUGCGAUGGUGGACACGGACGCCGAGAUGAAUAUCAUCCGGGAAAGGGAUGCAAUCAUGUUGGGGUUGGAGAUCGAUCGCUUGGACCACGGCAUACUACAUGAUGCCAAUUGCAAGGCGAUCUUUUGUGGCACGACAUCCAACGUGAUUGUGGAGAUCGGCAAGGUACGAGCGAGGGUUUGCUUCUUUGUCAUGCCAGACGUUGAUCACCCUAUUCUCAUGGGGAGAUCGUUCCUGUGUAGGACAGAGACCUUGAUUUUCAAUAGGCAUGACGGCGCAAUGAUUCUGCUGAUAAGUGAUCUGGCCUGUGGGAAUUACGAGGUCAUCACUUGCCGGAACACAGGGCCAGGGAGUGGAAGGAAUAGGCCUAACCUCGGCUCGUUCACUUAUGAAGAAUCUGAGAACGAGCGGCGAAGGCUUUGGGAGGCGCCUGAGGACGAAAGAGGGGCCGAAGAGUUGUCACUAAGCCUCACUGAUGUAAAUAAGGCCAUGGAGGUGGUGGCGACGCAUGAUAUGGCGGACCCGGAGGCGAUCAAGGCAUUGAGGGAGCAAGUUCUGGAAGGCCCUCAGACAGGAGAGGUGGAAUUGAUCUAUCGGCUUCCCGGUGGAAGGGGAGGCCCUGUGAUGGCUCAGGCACAAACAACAAGCCGACCUUUUUUAGGGGACGGCUUAAGCAGGGCUCCCAAAGGCGGUACAAGACGGUAGAUAAGAAGUAUCGCCCAGUUCCCGUGCUCGUUACUGAAGACAAGGAGGCCUAUUACGAGCGGGAACGAGGAUUGAUACGGCGCAUGCGGGACCAGGCAUCGAGUGGUCCAUGCCGUAUCAAUGAUGAAAAUGAAGGGCAGUUGAUAAU